AUGGGUGAGACGCGGAGAAAGGGAAACGCCUUGCAGGUCCCCGACUGCCGUUAUGGGGGACUGCGUUUUCAAGCAUCCGCCGAAACCAGCAAAGUCUGCCAUCGCCUCAGUGCAUGGGAGCGUCUAGGAAGGGAGGUCACGCAGAAGCGCAAGGUGCGUCAACAAGCCCCCAUUGAGAAGUCGGACAAGGCGCGGGGGUUUCGCUGCGCGGCAGCGUGGACGCCGCGUGGAAGCGGCCACGUGCUCGCGUCUUGCGCCUUUUUGCUCGUCGGCAAGGUCUGCUUUGCCUUCGUGGCGGGGAAGUGCGCCUUCGGACGACAGUGCCACGACAAGCACCCGGAUGAGGCCUCCUGCCAGAGCAUCAAGGAGCGCUAUGGGAAGAUCGACUGCCAGUGGGGCAAAGGCUGCCGAACCGACGGGUGCUUGUACCGGCACCCCAGCGACGAGCCCGUCGGCCCGGCCUUGCGCCUCGAGAUGAAGCCACAGCCAGCUGUCUAUGCGCCAGGUUAUGCAAAAGUCCCCGCUUUCAAGGUGCUCCUCUCAUCCAUAUUCUUCUCCAUGGCAUAUGCCGCUGCCAUGCAGGUCGAAGUGGCAUUUACAAGCUGGCCGCUGAAGGCCAACGACAACGACCGCAACGAUCUACCGGUCUUUCGACACCUGGAGGACCGGGACGAGAACUCACGAGAUCGCCCGCAGCGAGACCGUCUACAAGAAUGGCUCGAGGAGCAAGACGCCCCUCACCCAGAAGCCUUCCUUAGAGCGAAGCCCGUAGAAAGCACCUACAGAGCCGUUGCUUUAGUGCUUGGUGGCCUUGGCUGCCUUUGCUUGCUCGCUGGCGGUGUUAGGCUCCAGCAUCUCCAGCCGGGGGGCCUUGCUGAAACUUCAGCUACGCGACUGCACUUGCUGGGCCCGGCGCUCGCUGCUGAGGACGAGGAAGAAGAGGAGCAGGAACGACAGGAGCAGCUCGCUGCCACUCUGCGCUUCAUGGGCUUUGUGGAGGAGCCGAGCCUGGGGCCAGAACCAGCCCCCCGCCGGCUUCAGGAGGACUGGGACCGGCCCGAAGGCCGGGAGUUCCCGCGCCCGAACCCCGCAGCGCCCGCAGCGGCAGCGGCAGUCGGAGCGGGCCCCUCUUCCUCGCCUCAGCUCGCGGCUCCGGCUCCCUACCACCGCCCGGAGCCCCCAGAGACGGCGCCGCCCGGGCCCCCCGACCACCUCCACCUCACGAGAGCCGCCCCUUGGCCGAAGAAAGAGAUGGUGCAACCAAAGCACACAGAAUAUAGGUAUGGGGAAAUAGCAGUGUGCGCCUUUCUCUCUCCUCUCUUCUCUUCUCUUCCUUCUCUUCUCUCUUCUUCUCUUCCUCCUUCGGAAUAUCGUACUCUGCCGAAAAAACCCUCUCUCAGUUCUCACCGAGGUCGAAGACCUGCUGCGUGA